CUCCAUCUCCAUGGACACCACAUACUCUCUCUCCACGGACACCACAUACUCCCUCUCCAUGGACACCACAUACCCCCUCUCCAUGGGCACCACAUACUCCCUCUCCAUGGACACCUCAUACUCCCUCUCCAUGGACACCACAUACUCCCUCUCCAUGGGCACCACAUACUCCCUCUCCAUGGACACCUCAUACUCCCUCUCCAUGGACACCACAUACUCCCUCUCCAUGGACACCACAUACUCUCUCUCCACGGACACCACAUACUCCCUCUCCAUGGGCACCACAUACUCCCUCUCCAUGGACACCACAUACUCCCUCUCCAUGGGCACCAUGUGCUCCCUCUCCAUGGGCACCACAUACUCCCUCUCCAUGGACACCACAUACUCCCUCUCCAUGGGCACCACAUACUCCCUCUCCAUGGACACCACAUACUCCCUCUCCAUGGGCACCACAUACUCCCUCUCCAUGGGCACCACAUACUCCCUCUCCAUGGGCACCACAUACUCCCUCUCCAUGGACGCCACAUUCUCCCUCUCCAUGGGCACCACAUUCUCCCUCUCCAUGGGCACCACAUACACCCUCUCCAUGGACACCACAUACUCCCUCUCCAUGGACACCACAUACUCCCUCUCCAUGGGCAUCACAUACUCCCUCUCCAUGGACACCAUGUGCUCCGUCUCUCUUGUGCACUUGAGGACCUAUAUUACCAUGGAAAAGGGGCUGAACAGCCUGUACCUGUUACUAUGUUCUUUUAAAGAGCAGUCACAUGUUGUGACCUCCUCCAUACCUGUUGCCUGGACCAGUUGAUGACCAAGCCCAGAA